AUCUGUGUAGUCUGUUUUAAUGUUUUGGCUUCUUAGUAUUAAUUAUUGUUUUCGCAACUUCUUUAUUAAAAUUAGAAGUGUUAAGUGUUUCUCAAUAAUACGCAUUGCAAAUUUUUUAUAAAUGUUCCAUAGCCUUUACACAACACUCUUGUAAUUCUUAAAAAACGUUGACGAAAUCAAACAUAAAAAGUCUCUAUUCAGCAAGAAAAGGAUAAGUUCUUGAAGAUGCCUGCAGCUAGCUUUGGUUCACUUUCGCAACUACCAGGAGCGGAGAACUGUGGUAUUAAAGAUGUAUGGAACCACAAUUUACACGAGGAGUUUCAAAUAAUACGACAAAUUGUUCAAAAAUAUCACUGGGUUGCUAUGGACACAGAGUUUCCUGGGGUUGUGGCUAGACCUAUUGGAGAAUUUCGAUCAACUGCAGAUUACCAGUAUCAGUUAUUAAGAUGUAAUGUUGAUUUGCUGAGAAUUAUCCAACUUGGCCUAACAUUCAUGGAUGAAAAUGGAAAAACUCCUCCUGGUUACACAACAUGGCAAUUUAAUUUUAAGUUCAACUUACAGGAGGACAUGUAUGCUCAAGAUUCAAUUGAUUUGCUACAAAAUUCAGGUCUUCAGUUUAGAAAACAUGAAGAAGAUGGAAUUGAGCCAUUAGAGUUUGCUGAACUACUUAUGACAUCAGGUCUUGUGCUAAUGGAUAACAUCAAAUGGCUCAGUUUUCAUUCUGGAUAUGAUUUUGGAUAUUUGCUGAAGUUACUCACAGAUCAAAACCUGCCGCAGGAUGAAAAUGACUUUUUUGAAAGUCUAAGAUUAUAUUUUCCAACUGUCUAUGAUGUCAAAUACUUGAUGAAACUGUGCAAAAAUUUGAAAGGAGGUUUACAAGAAGUAGCUGAUCAGCUGGAGUUACGAAGGGUUGGGCCGCAGCAUCAGGCAGGAUCCGACUCUCAUUUAACUGGAAUGGCUUUUUUCAAGAUAAAGGAAAUAUUCUUUGAUGACAACAUUGAGAGUUCCAGUGGUCAUUUAUAUGGCUUAGGAGCGCCGUUUUCAGUAAAUUCCAACAGCUUCCAAGAUAACGGUGAGAACGGAAACUCCUCUUGAUCCGGAGAUUCCGUUAUAACGAAUGUAACACCGCAACCCAAUGUGUUCCACCUUACAGAGUAAAAAUGGUAUGGGUAUGCGUAUUUGGUCUAACUCACUUGAUUGCACUAUAUUAACUCACUUUUCAACAUUGUUGAGGAGUCACGCAGUCGAGAUUCAGAAUAAGAUUCAAAGUCAAGACUUACGACUUAUUGACGCUGAACAAUAAACGUAUGAAUAAUUCCAAUUCGUUUUUGACAUACAUCUAGCUUAAUGAUAAGUCUUGUUUGGUUUCAAUUCAAUUCAGUUUAGUUUAUUGCGUUUAGAUUUGCGAAAAUUGUACAUUUGAAAUUCAAUUUUUAUACCUGCCAUAGUCAAAGUUACUUAGCAGUGGUUAUCACACCAAAUUAAUUUGUAUGAUUAGUGGAUACGAAUUAAAAAAAAUGUCUAUUGACUACCUGUCUAAGAAUUUUUGACUACAGGCUCUGUGUAUUAAUCAAAUUCAUACGUCAACUGUCAGCUCUCAACAACAAUGAUUUAGCUCAUUGCGCGGCGCAGUACGCUGAGUGAGUUAGCGCAAGAGUUACCCAUAUACAAGAAAAAUCAUGUAUAUAAAUAAAUUGACGGAAAACAAGAAUAAAAUAGUGUUAUUAUAACUUUGGUUUUAGCGCCCAUGUAAGUUUCAGACAUGCUUAUAUUUCACGUGUAAAGAAUUUGUGUUAAGUAAUAAUUUUUAUUAAGCUUUACAUGCUGUAUUUUAUAUUCAUUGUAUAUUAUUGAAAAUAUAAGUUGGAUUAUAAUAUGAAUUUUAAAAGAUCCAUUAAAAUGUGUAAUAAG